GUGAAGUUGACCCGGAACCGAACCAGUGUCUCAAUUAGGGCUUUAGAGUCUCCUCUCUGGGUUAUAUUUGCGACGAACCUACCUGGUCGGACGGCGCGCCGAUCUGAUGCUUCGCUCCCUAGUCCGCCGCCAUGCGCUCCCUCCGUCGACGCAUAUCCGUCGUGUCGUCUUCUCCACCGGAACUUCCGCCGCCUCCUCAGGCACCACCGCUUCUCCGGAUCCCCACUUCAUGGUCGAGUACCUCAUGAAUACAUGCGGGUUCUCCGCCGACGAUUCUUCCAAGGCCUCCAAGUUGCUCCCUCGUAGUAUUCAGUCCACUGAGAACGCCGACGCCGUUCUUGGAUUCUUCAGAUCUCAGGGCCUUGAUGGUGCUAAUCUGAGAAGGAUAAUAGCUGGGAAACCAGGAUUGCUCGGCUGGGAUGUGGAGACGAAACUCGCUCCGAAGUUCAAUUUUUUGCGCGACUUGGGGUUCUCUGAGUCUGACGCCGUCAAUGUCGUUAUACUGCACCCCAUCAUUCUUUCUCUCAACGUCCAGAACACACUUCUCCCCAAAUUGAAGGUUUGGGAAAGUCUUUUUGGAUCGAGGGAGAUCCUCCUCUACAAUCUCCGUAGGUGUAAAAGGUUUAUGAGCAACAGCAUUGAGAAUGUGGUACGCCCUAACUUGAACUUCUUACGGGAUGAAUGUGGCAUUCCUGAAGAGCGGGUUUCUCUUGUCGUUAGAAGGCACCCGAGCUUCAUCGUGCAGAACCCAGCUGCCCUCCGGGCUCUAGUAGAUAGAGCUGACGGGAUUGGAAUUCUCCGAGAAUCUAAGAUGUUCCUCUGGAUCCUUUCUGUGCUGCACGGGGUCAGCAGGGAAAAAUUUGAAGCCCAAGUCAAGCUCAUGAACAGUUUUGGUUGGUCGAACUCGGAUUUCAUUACUGCAAUCAAGACAUUUCCAAAAUUUUUAAACAUUUCCAUAGAGUCAUUGCAUGGAAAGAUGGAAUUUUUGGUCAAUGAUGUUGGGAUUGCACCUUUAGACAUUGCUCACCACCCGGUGCCUUUGGGAUUAAGUUUGGAAAAGAGGUUGAUUCCUCGAUUUCGUGUGAUGGAGAUAUUGAAAUCUGAAGGGUUAUGGAAGUCAACAAACAAGCUACAUAGAUUUUUCAAAUUGUCUGAUCCAAUUUUUUUGCAGAAGUAUGUGCUCCCUUACGAAGAUAAAUUACCCAAACUGCGUGCAGUCUUGUGAGUUGUAGCUGAGUUUGAGAGGAAUAUCCAACAGCUGAAGUGUUUAUUUGGAGUUUAGUUCACUAUUGUUUGUUUCUCCAUCUCGGUGGCGUCUACUUUUGCACCGGCACUUCCGCCUCCUCCGCAAGUGCCACCGCUUCUCCCGAUCCCCAGUCCAUGGUCAAGUAUCUCAUGAGUACAUGCAUCAACAAUGUGUCCACUGAGAACCCCGAUGUUGUUCAUGGUUUCUUAAGAUCUCAGGGCCUUGAUGGCGCUAAUCUCAGAGAGGUAAUAUCUUGGAGGCCAGGAUUGCUCAGCUGGGAUGUGGAGAAGAACCUCACUCCAAAGUUUGAAUUUUUGCGAGAAAUGGGGUUAUCUGAGUCCGAAGUCAUUGAUGUCAUUCUGCUGCACCCCACAAUUAUCGGCCUCAACUUCCAGUACACUUCUUCCUCGACUAAAGGUUUCGGAAAGUCUAUUUGGAUCGAAGGAGAUCCUCCACAAGAAUCUCCGCAGGUGUGGAUGGUUUUUGAGCAGCAACAUUGAGAAUGUGGUUCGCUCUAACAUGAACUUCUUACGCUGUGAAUGUGGAAUUCCUGAAGACCAGUUAUCUCUUGUCCUUAGAAGGCACCCCAUGCUUCAGACAUUGCUAAGCAUCCAGUGGUUAUCUCUUUAAUCAAGAAUGUUGGAAGCACACCUUCAGACAUUGCUAAGCAUCCCGUGGUUUUACAAUUGAGUUUGGAAAAGAGGUUAACUCCUCGACAUGUGAUGGAGAUAUUGUAAUAUGAAGGGUUAUGGACUUCACGAGACAAGCUUCAUACAUUUUUCUCAUCACCGGGACCAAAAUUUUUGGAGAAGUAUGUGCACCCUCGCAACAAUAAAUUACCCCAACUGAUUGAAAUCUUGUGAAUUUUAACUGAGUUAAAAGGGAUUAAUUCAUACUGCAAAUGAAUGUUUGGGUAUGAUUUUUAUGACUGCAUAAGCAACAAUAUUGAUACAAUCUUGUCCUAGUUUUUCAUAUAAUUUACUUGCUAUUUUCUUAUUUUA